GCUGAUUUUCAGAAACCUGCGAUGGAUAUACUGUUGACAUAUACUUGAAUUGAACACACACUUCUUUUCGUUUCCCGCCCCUUGGCCACAGCCCGCAAUGUCCCUUACGCUUAAACUCUCUUCCCUCGUCAUCCGCACGCUGUCAAAGCCGAUAGCCAACCAAAUAAAAGCACAGGCUCGCGAGCAUGAGCGAUUUCGGCGAAUUUGCAUCUCUAUGGCACAGGGCCUGCAUCGGCUCGACAUGCGGCUCCGUCUCGGCACAAUUCGCGACAACGCUGCGGCAACCCGACGAGCCGCUGCUGAAGCAGAACUCCGAAAGCAUAAACCCACAUCGCCUACUGUGAAGACUGAAGCUGAGACGAGGGCCGAAGAAGAGGCAAUUGCCAGGGCGAAGGCUGCCGCAUCGGAGGCCGAAAAGCCGGCACCCAAACCACAUAUACGGCCACUGUCCGAAUCAAAAGCCAUUGAAUCAGGCGCAACUUUCAUCAGCGAAACGUUUCUGUUCCUUGUAGCAGGCAGUUUGAUCCUCUUUGAGUCGUGGAGAUCACGGAGAAAGGAGAAUAACCGAAGGGAUGACGUUGCAGCCCGGCUCAACGAGCUCGAAGAGACUGUAGGAAUUUACCGGGAAGCAUUUAUUGCUCUUGAAAAGAACGGCGAUCUACCUCCAGCCUCUCGACGGAUCCUUCUGAAAAUGAUAGAGGAUGUGGAACCUGAGGAAGUGCCUGAACCAGAGCCGCAGGGAUGGUUCACGACAAUCACCUCAUACUUUUCGUUCGGCCAGAGUCCAGAGAAGCAGCCUGAGAAGGAAACGGAUGCAACUCAGCCCGCGAGCGUCGCUGAGACUCCCAAAGUCCCUUCCAGUACGCCGCGCUCAGGACCAGCAGCUAGUUCAACGACCUCUGUUCCAGUUUCAAAACCCGAGAAACCAUGAACUAAUGCACGCUGUCUGCCUCCGAAUCGGACCGGAAUGUCUGCAAGCUAGCAGUUGCUAUGAACCCGUGGCUGCCAUAUGUUUCAUACUAGCCCACAUCAUCAUAUGAUCCGUUCCUCGACCCAAUCUUCUCUGACUUUAGUACUAUCCCGUCAUACAGCAUUGGUUGAUUUGGACUCGUUCGACUGCCUUAGUCAGUCCAGUUAGCUUUGCUGAACCUCAUACACCACAUAUGCUUCUGUAUUUAUCUAUAGGAUCUUUCGCAUAGUCGGCGUUUAUCUUAUGUGCUGUUCGGAUACCCUUCUCAUGUGGCGAACGUUGAACUUCCCUGGUCUCGUGGCAUCAAUUGGCGCUGUUUGUUCUCUACCUAGGUACAUACCUCUAAUCAACUCCGCUCUCUACCAUCGCC